AUAUACGAGUUUGCUGACGACAGUCUCUUCUAUACCUCGUCACUAUGUGAAUUGCCCAUUGAGGAUAGACCUUCGGCCGAAAAAUGCCUUGAGAAAGUGAACCCAACCAAGGCAACAACAACAACCAUGUCUGACAAGAAGCCGAUGACACCAUCCUUCAUUGAUACUAUUAAGUUGAUGCCUGAUAACGUCCACGUUCGAUUGGGUCCAGACUCUUCCUCCUCGCAGUCGAUUUCUCCCAGUUUUCCGGCUUUACUUGCAACAAGUUCUGUUGCGACACCCUUUGCCGCUUCCUUGGGCACUCAGAGUCACACACACCCUCAACCUGGGGCUCGACAGCCGCUCCAAAUAUCCUCUCAACCACAGCACCUACAGCCUCCUCUCCAAGUGUCUUCUACCGACCAAAUAGUGUCAGCAUCUGAGUCGCGGCCUGUAUAUUUUCCCCUGGGUCAGUCGUUAGGCCAUACAGCUUUGACGCAGUCACCAUUACAGUCGAAAACCUCGACCGCCACAGGACCCUCCAGAACGGAUUAUGAGGCUAAGUCGGAGCACAGUUCUGUCAAGCAAUCUGGCAGACGAGAAGUUAGAAGCGUACUGAAACGCUCGCACACGUUGACUAUACCGGCCGAAGCAGAACAGGUGAUUAAUACAAGAGGUGGAGGUGGCUUUGCCCGUUGCGAUGAUUUGGUCGAGCUGCUCAAAGAUGUCAAUGGCGGUCGCCUUGGCUUGGGCGAUUCGACGAGUGACUUGUCCGACUAUAAGUAG